AUGGCGGCAGCAGCAGCAGCCAAGGGAUUCGAAGAGCCCCAGAGCGAGGCAGAGCGCGGCCAGCGGCUGGAGCAGCUCUACCGUGUCCUUGCCGACAUGUAUACGCAACCAUCGAGUGGCCCUGCAGGUCCUCCUGGGCCCGCAGGCACGCCUCUGAGAGCUGACAAAGGUGGUCGAAGCGAUGGUGCACCCAUCACGAUCAACUGGGCUGAGAGCGAGGAUGGGAGCGUGGCGAGCAGCCAAAGGAGCACAAGCAGCAGCAGUAGCAGCGGCGGCAUCAGCAGCGGCAGGAGCAACGAGAGCCGGGCACAACCUGCCACGAGCAGCACGACGCCCCGUCCGUCUCCCUUUACUGCUGCUUUUCCCCUGGGAAAGGAGACUGCCCCCUCGUCCCUGUCGUCUUCCUCCCACGAUCGGGAAGCGGAGCAGAGGAGACUGACUGUCAGGGCCAAGAUCGAGGCGAUGGGUCUCGACGACUUCUCAGACUACCACCGUCAGCUUGACGGUCUCUUUUCUACCUCCCCAUCCCUACCGCCGCCGAGCUGCAAGACUCCGCGGCGAGCCCCACCUCCGAUUCCACCGCGGCCUCGUGCGAUGGUGGCCGCAGGUAGUAGCACCAGUGCCACCUCUGGCCCAGUGGCAGGCACGCCACGGAGGCACACUUCCCCACCUCACAUGGUUCGCCCUACCGUGACGAAAAAGGCAGGAAGUGCAGCAGCAGCAGCUGAUCCUCUGCCUUUGGCUGACUUCUCGCCGCCUUCCUUUGACGAUUCCGAUCCCCGCUUUAAACGGAGACGCGGCCUUCUCGUACAGGGUGCGCACCCAAUCGACAGCCCACUGCGAGACAGGAGCGUGCUUCGGCACACGAUCGACGAUGAUGAUGAUGCUGCUGCGGAGGAAGAGGAGCAGGAGGGCGACGUGCUGUCGGAGCCCCGAGCGUCGUGCGACAGCGAUGCUUCGUCAGCGUCGCGAAGGCAGGCGCAAAAGGAGCAGAGGGCCCUCUUUGCAUCCUUUGCCGCUUCGCAUAGGACACAGCGCAUCGUCUCUUCUACCUCAUCCGCAUCACGGUACAGCCGGGUGAGCAGGGCAAGGAGCGCGAGCACCGACAGCGUGGCCAGCCAUACCGAGACGGAAGAGCAGGACGGGGACCAGGAGGAACAGGACGACGGCAGCCCCGUGAGGCACCAGAGGAGCAGUUCAGCACCGGGAUCGUCGUCGCCUCUCAAGUCCUCUUCGCUCGCCUAUCUCCAGCCGCUGGUCAGUGAGCACGAGGGUGCUCCAGAGGUAAGCCCUGCCGCGAGCACCGUCUCGCUCCAUUCGAAUGCCCCACCUCGUCCUGCGCGCCGCCUAGUCCCACCGCCGCGACUCACGCCGGCCCAGAUGCAGCUCCUCCAGUCGAUGCGGCCCAAGCAGCAACCACCACAGGAGGAGCGACAGCAAGCUGCACGCCCCGAGCCUCCUCAGCCACUGCUCCUCAGCAGUCGCCUGCCUGAACCACGACAACAAGAGCAGCAGCCUCCCUCGCAGCCCUUGCAGCCUGCCAGGCCGGAGCAGCAGACACUCCUUCUCCCCACCCGACCGAGCAUACUACAUGCGAAAUCCACUGCACCCAUGCAGCCGUCUCCGCCUGUCCCAGCCUCGGCCUCUUUUCCCGCCCAGGCUCGCUCACCUACUCUUGCGCGAAGAUCGCAAACGCUGCCAUACAUCACCUCGUCGCUACCAUCUGUGACACCCUCCUACCAGGUCACGUUCUCCUCAUCCUCACCACCUGAGCGAGGUCCGACGCUGACCGAAGCGCGCCAGCUCCUUUCGCAGCGCUUCCCCCAUCUCUGCGAGCCUGGUCUGACGCCCCGGCGAGGCAACGAGGAAGUUGUGGCGAAGCAACGGGCCGCGCUGCGUGAUGGCCUCCAGCUGACGUUCCGUGGCGAUGCAACCCACUCGCUCGUCAAGUUCUGGGCCAUCAUCGAGACCCGCCGCGCAACGUGGAAGCGCGUCGGCCGGGCUCCAUCCGGGGUGCAAGGAGCACAGUCGUCGCUGGGCCCGCUCCCGGAUCCGUGGGACGUGGCUGUCGACCGGAGGGGUCUGGACAUGGACGCCGUCGUGCAGGGCACCUCGCGCUGGCGGAGACAGAUGAACCUCUCGGCGUCGCCCACUGGCGACAUGGCGGGCUGCUGUCCCUCGUGCGAGGGCGAGGGCCGCCAGGCGUGCACAAAGUGCCACGGCGCACCGUCGACGGACGCCUGCUGGUGGUGCCGCGGUGGUAGCGGUGGCAGUAGCGGUGGCGGGGGUGGUAGCAAAUCGGCCUCCUCGUCGUGCCGGCAGUGCCAAGGAAAGGGCGUGCUCGACUGCAAGGCCUGCUCGGGCAAUCUCAAGGUCGACUGUCCCACCUGCCAGGGCGAGGGGCACGCGACGUUUGUCGUCGUGCUCGACGUGCGCGUGUGCCGUGUUGACUUCUCGCCCGUGGCGCUCUCCGACCUGCUCCUCUCUCACUCGCCCUCGGCCACGACAACGGCACUCAACGGGACGAUGGACAAUGCAGCCCACCGCGUGCGCAACCUGGCCGUGACGAAGCUCCGGAGACUCGUCGCGCAGCUCCUCAAUGCCUCGUCGUCUGCGGCCUCUUCGCAGUCGAAUGCUAGUUCCAAAUCGAGCACGGCACUCUCGGCCAGAGCGCUGAGGGCACACUGUCACUGGCAGCGCACCAAGUCGAAUCUCGUCGAGGUCCGGCAGGGCGGGGCGGCAGCAAAGUACAGAAAGCCCACGGCGUACUUUGUGCUCCCGCUCGAUGACGACCUCGUUCCGGCCCAGCUGUCCAAGGAAGAGUUCGAGCGGAGCGUCAGGAGGCUCAACGAUCUCGUCGAAGAAGAAGAGGAAGAAGAAGAAGAAGAAGGACAGGGAGGAGUCGUUGUUGUAGACGAGGGCAACGCAGCUGAUCAGCAAGAUCAUCGCCAGCACCAGCACCAGCAUCAGCAUCGGGAAGAGGAGCAGGAGGAGCAAGAAACGGCAGAGCUGUGGAAGCCCCAUAGCCAGUUCAAGCCGUCUGAGGAGGUGCACAGAAAGGCUGGCCCCGAAGGAGAGGAAGAAGCUGUGUCGGCUACCUCAUCCGACGACAAGAGCUCCGAGCCACGACAAGAGGAAGAGCAGCAAGUCAGUGAAGAAGAUGAAGUCUCACCACGAAGCGAGCUGUCAACCCUACCCACAACGCCUGCCGACUCGUUCGCACCGCUUGCUGCCACCGAGGAUGAAGACAAUGAAGGAGACUCUUCCCUUCAAAGGCUCUAUCUCCCCACGCUCUCCCUCUCGACUUCGACAGAUGGCGGCGAUGCCUUCCCAUUCCUUCUCGACGAUGACCGACUUGCACCAUUCAUUGUUGAGGAGAAUUUGGCCCAAGAGAAGAAGAAGCCAGCGCCUCCUCUUCCUAUCAGCAGGAGCGGCCCGAUCCCAGCGACAAAGGUGCUUCCCGCAGAGAAGACUGUAAAAACACCAACGGUCAAGCUGACUCAGAGCAAGCAUGAAAAGCCGCAUUCGAACAUGUCGGCUUCCACAUCAUUGGAAGCCCUCAUGCCACGGAGGAAGCUGCUCGAGGACAUGCUCGAGGAGCUCGAAUCUUGGUCUUGAUUCUCGACCCACCCACCCGCUCGUUGCCUCUUUAUAUCAUCAAUUAUCACACUCACAAAUCUACACACACAUAUCUGCUACACACAUAUCUUCUGCACA